AUGGAUUCGUCGUCUGAAGUUAGGAGUGAGAAGGUCUGGCCGUUGAAGGAGAUCAGAGAUUUGAUAGAGCAAGGUCACGCGAUUGUUAUAUCGGGGGGUUAUGUUUUGAAGUUGGAUGCUUGGCUCAAUCAUCAUCCAGGAGGUGCAAAGGUUAUUUUACAUGUGGUUGGUAGAGAUGCUACCGUUGAAUUGAAUGCAUUCCAUAGUAAGGAUGUCAAGGCCAGAAUGAACCGUUAUCGAAUUGGUAAGCUGGAAGAACCAUGGGUGAAUAUUGUACCCCCUAUUCAAAGACAAUCACUUUGCGAUUCGCCUGAGAACGAGAAUGAGAAAGAAGCUUCAACGCCCAUCUCCGAUGUACCUUUGGUGGAUGUCACCAUCACCGAAAAUCUCCUAGCUGUCCCUCGACACAUAAAUCCCGACAGCGAUGCAAGCUCCACGACUUCAUCAAUUUUCGAUCUUGAGGGAUUACGAUCACGAAAUCGAACCGAGGGAAGUUCAGUCGAUUCCGAAGAAAACCCCGAUCUGGACCCCAAGAUACUGGAUGCCUCGGAAUUAGAAACUAAAUUCCAAGCCCUAAUUGACAAACUAGAGGAUGAAGGUUUAUACGACUGCAAUCUCUGGGCAUAUGUGACCGAAGUUUUGAGAUGUACGAUUCUUCUCUCCCUUUCGCUCGUAUCACUUCGUCUGGAGUGGUAUUGCACCAGUGCAGCAUUCCUGGGUAUGUUUUGGCAUCAAAUUGUCGCCACGGCACAUGACGCCGGUCAUUUGGCCGUAACCCACGAUUAUAACAUCGACUUUUUAAUCGGCGGGAUCGUUUUGAAUUUCUGCGGUGGACUUUCAAUAGGGUGGUGGAAACGCAAUCACAACAUCCAUCACAUUGUUACGAACUCACCAACACAUGACCAAGAUCUUCAAAUCCUCCCCUUCAUCGCCAUUUCCCCCGUCUUUUUCGAUUCUCUGUACUCCACCGCUUCCGAGUGUAUCAUGCACUACAAUUGGUUUGCCAAAUUCAUGGUUCCAAAACAAGCAUGGACAUACUACUUCCUACUCUCGGUCGCACGCUUCAACCUCUACUACCUCGCCUGGGACUUCAUCCUCCGGGACCUCGGCACCAAACUGCACCGCAAACAACGCAUCUUCGAACUCAUCGGGCAGCUCUUCUUCUGGACCUGGUUCGGCUACUGCAUCGUAUACCGCAGCAUCCCCAGCAUCUCGCAACGCAUCAUCUUCUGCCUCAUCUGCCACAUGAUCACUCUACCGCUGCACCUGCAACUCACCGUCUCCCACUUCUCCAUGUCGACGGAGGAAUCCGAGCCCAGCGAACACUGGAUCCAGCGCAUGUUUCGCACCACGAUGGAUGUAGAUUGUCCGACGUGGAUGGAUUGGUUUCACGGGGGCUUGCAGUUUCAAGUCACGCAUCACUUGUUUCCACGCAUGCCGCGACAUAAUUUGCGCGCGGCAAGUGCGUUGGUUAAGGAUUUUUGUAAGGAGACGGGGUUGAAGUAUGAAGUUUAUGGCUUUGGAGAGAGUAAUGGGAGGAUGUUUGAUAGGCUGGUGGAGGUGGCGAGGCAGGCGAGGUAUUUGAAGGAUUGUCAGGAUAGUAUUGUUAGUAAGGGCGAGUAUUUACAUGGGCAUUGGGAUUAA